ACAGACGCCUCAGAGAAGUGUCAAGAAGAGUCAUCAGUGACAAGACCCUGACAGUCAACAACCAGGGCUCAAAUCCAAAGAUUUUUUUUUAAAGGGAGAAAGUCGCGUGCACAGAGCGUGAAGCCGCUGCAGGGCUGCUGUGCUGUCACAUCUGUGUGUUACAUUUUAACAUAACCUUCCUGAACCACGUGGGCGAGUCAGCAGUGUUCAUGUGUGACAUAUACAGCCUGGACUCUCACUGCGUGUCUCCACAAUGCAACAUGAGUUGGGCGAUGGAGCCUGCUAACUUCUACGAGAGCACCAAGCUGGGCGCCCCGCAGCAGGGGAUCUGCAAGCCGGGCAGCAGGAGCGACGGGGCGGCCGAGGACGGCACCAUGGUGGAGCUGAGCACCGCCACUGCCAUGUACGACGACGAGAGCGCCAUCGACUUCAGCCAGUACAUCGAGUCCAUGACAGCCGUGCCAAACUUGGAGCUGUGCAACGACGAACUCUUCCUCGACCUGUUCAACACUGUGAAGCAGGAGAAGGUGGAUUUCUACACCAUGCAGAGCCCAGUGCUGCCAGGCGGCAUGCAGCAGCUGUCAGCCGCAUACGCAGCUGAGAGGAAGGCGGAGAUCGGGCUGGAUAAAGUGGCGUUUAAUGUGCCCAUCAAGCAGGAGUCUGACUGGAGUGACAGCGACAUGUCCUCAUCCCUGCCCUCCCAGAUCGAGAGCUGCGCCCAGACCUCCGUCAGCCUCCCCACGGGGCAGCCGACUCCCCCCACCACCCCGGAGCCUGUCUCCAACGUGAGCUCGGCCAAGUCCUCCCCGAGGAAGAUGGGCAGAGACAAGGGGAAGAAGGUGGACAGGUUCAGCCUGGAGUACCGACAGAGGCGAGAGAGGAAUAACAUUGCAGUGCGGAAAAGCAGGGACAAAGCCAAGAGGCGCAACAUGGACAUGCAGCAAAAGUUGCUUGAACUGAGCUCCGAAAACGACAGACUUCAUAAAACUAUCGAGCAGCUAACCAGAGAGCUCACCGGGCUCAGAGAUUUCUUCAAGCAGAUACCCAACUCCUCCUAUGUGGGCUCUACGAACGCAGAGAGCCGGUGACAGCUUCAAUAUCCUAUGAACUGAGCUUUUUAGGAGACAUUACCUCAACAGACAUUUUACCAUCUGUACCAGAUGUAUUUUAAGCUUACCAUAAUGGCACUGGAAAAUAUAUGAUGUUGCUGCCAUAUUUUUGUGGGAAUUUUCUCUAUAUUAAAUUAUUUUACCACUGCAUUUACAUGAUGUUAUACCUGAUAUGGUACAUGUUUUAUAAUUCCAAACUUUGUAUAAGAGCCAGAGCAUGAUCUUUUAUAUAGUUUGUAUGAAACCUUGAAAACAUUUUUGUUUAUGGAAUCUAUAAUAAAAUUGCUGAAAAGGUGCAGAAA